GUGUGAGCAUGUUAAAAGCAGCCUUCACAUUUUUCAUAAAUAAAAAACUUUGUCGUAUUUUCUCUUCCUUCUUUUUCUUCUUCUGCUGCUUCUGAACAAGCCAGCUUCGAUGGAACAUGUGCACUAUCACUUGGUAAUGAAGGAGGAGGAACAACAACAACAACAACUGCAAGACAAUGCUGCUUUGAAAGGAAGGCAAUCCCUGCAACAUGGGAAGGUUCAUAGUAGUAUUGUCACUGCUGUGCCACCUUCCUUUCUUUCAUUGGAAAAACAACCUCUUCUUCAGAAGGAGGAAUUAUUUCAUACUCAAAAAGAACAGAAAGAACAACCUACUCAGAAAGUUGAAGAAACAAGCAAUGUUGUUGCUGAAAAUGACAAUAACUUGAACGGUGAAAGUGAAACAGCUGGGCUUGGAAGCAUAGAUGAGUUUGUAGAAAAUGCAGUGAAUGGAGAGGCUAAAAGAAGCGCUACCAUAAAUGUUGAUGCAUCGCAGAAUAAGAAUAGUGUUUACUUUGACAAACAACAAGGCAAUGAUAUUGAUGGUGCAAACUCUAUUCUUCCAAAAAAUCUUGGGGAGGGAGACUUUGAUGCACGGGUUGAAAAUUCUGACAUUCAAUGUAAUCCAUGCAAUGAAGUCAACAAUCAAUGCAUGGAAACUGUUGAUGAAAAAGAACCUUUACUUAAUUCAUCUGAAAUACUGGCUGCAACUGUAGACAAUUGUGGUGAUGAAAACAGUGCAAAAGCAUAUCCUAACUUGGGAGAAGAAAUAGACCAGCAACUAAAAGACUACGAUGUUGAGGCAGUGUUGGCAAAACAAGAGACACAUGACUUGUUUUGUCCUAAUUGCAAAUCUUGCAUUACUAAAAGGGUUAUCCUCAGGAAGAGAAAAAGGAGUACUAUUCCUAUUCCUAAUUUAGACACCAAAGCAAAGCGUGACAAGUCAGCCACUGAGGUGGUUAAUGGUUCCAUAGACGUAACCAAUCAAGGUGAUGAGACAAUUGCAACAUCUGAUGUUGGUAGAGUAGAGACACCUGCUGAUAAUUAUGAACCUGAAAGAGAACCAGAAGUGUUCAGAUGUUUAUCAUGCUUCAGCUUCUUUAUUCCUAUGAGAAAUGGAAUCAAACUGUUCCCCAGUUUUGGUGGUACCCGUGAGCCUGAAACUUCACAAAAACCUUUGGUCACACCUUCAUCCAAUGUGGAAGAUCCUUCAAUCGUAGUAGCAGCUUCCAAUGCAAAUUGGUUCUUCAAUCUGUUUACUUCAAUCAAGGGAAGAAAAGAUAGUGCGCAAGUUGAUGCUUCAAUUGAAGAUUCUAGAACAGAUCCUGCUUCAAUUGAAGAUUCUAGAGUUGAUAAUCCAGAAAGUCCACUUGCUAAUACAGCUAUAAGUCAGAGUGUGAAUCUGUCAGCAGAUAUUAAGCCUGGACAUGGAGGUGUAAAUUCUUCAAUUCCCUCAAUACUUAAGUCGGUAAUAAAGAUUGAAUCAUGGAUAGAAAAAAGCAAGAAAUCCAAUGUGGCAUUGCAGAAUGAGCCAUUGGUUGAUCAGAAUGAUUCCUGGGAUUUUUCAGCAAAGGAACAGCUUCUGACUGAAAAUGUUAAAACCGAUGUGGGAGACAAAAAUCGUGAUUCAGUGGUUGGGAUAAAGACAGAUACUGUUGCAGAUAUAUCCAAGCGUGAUAGUGUUUUAUUAACAACUGUUGCUACCACUGAAAAUGUGAGAACCGAUUUGGGAGAGAAAAAUCGUGAUCCAGUGGAGGUGAUAAAGACAGAUAUUGUUGCAGAUAUAUCCAAGCCUGAGAGUGUUUUGGUAGCAACUGUUGCUACUACUGAAAUACUUUUUAAUGCUGGGAAACCUUUAAAGGAUGCCAUUCUAAACCCAUAUGAAGGGUCUCCAAUCUUUGAGAAGUCACGGAAAGAUGUAGACAAGACACUGGAAAUAGCUCAGGAUAGACAUUCCUCUUUGAUGGAAAAAGCACAAUCACCAGAUCAACCAUUUGGCAGCGAAGUAGUUACAAAUGAUGUAGCUAGUGACAAACAAAGUUUUAGAGUAGAUGCCACAAUUCCAAUAAUUCAAGAUUUUAAGAAAGUGAAGAAGGAUAUUGAAGAGGAAAUAAAACCUUCCGUUACAAAUGAAAAGGAAGAAGCAAUUAAAUUCUCAAUGUCUAGGACACCAGAUGAUGUUCCAAUUGAAGGAGCUAUUGUGACUGAAGCACAUACUCAAAUAUAUAUUGGAGAACAACCAGGGGCUGAAAUUGGUGAGCACCAAGAGUGGGAAAUACUUAAAAGCAUUGUAUACGGUGGUUUAGUUGAAUCAAUCACUAGUCUGGGGGUUGUGUCAUCUGCAGCUGCUGCUGGUUCUGCUCCAUUGAAUAUUAUAGCACUGGGGUUGGCGAAUCUGAUCGGUGGACUUUUUGUCAUCGGCCAUAAUCUCAUUGAUCUGAAAAAUGAUCACUCUGGAGAGGAUUCACUACAAAUGAAUGUGCAAGAUCGGUAUCAAGAACUACUUGGCCGCAGAGCAAACUUUCUACUCCAUGCUGUUGUAGCUGUUUUAUCAUUCUUAAUUUUUGGUUCUGUCCCUCUUGUUGUCUAUGGCCUCUUGAUUCGUGUGCACUACUAUGAAGAAGUUAAGAAUGCAGCUGUGGCAGCCACUUCUGUUGUGUGCAUAAUUUUGCUUGCUAUUGGGAAAGUUUACUCCAGUAGGCCACCCAAAACUUAUGUCAAAACGGUGUUACAAUAUGUUACCUUGGCACUUGCAACCUCGGGAAUCUCUUACAUAGUAGGUGAUCUAGUUAAGGAUUUCCUUGAAAAAAUCAGUGGCUCAGAAUCUGUUAAUGUUCUUACCAUGCCCUUGUCAGACACAAGAAGAAUGAAACAAGCGUGGAUGUCUUAUUGAAGCAUAUCUUUGAUAGUAGCUCGAGCUGCUGCUGCUUCUAGCCUAAUAUGAACCUUCCAAAUCAAAAUAUAUGAAUGGUAGCUUGUGAUAGUUCCAAGCAACAUUUUCCGUCUUCUUGUUUUCUUGGAUUCAUUCAUGUUAUACAUGUCAAGGAAAGAUUGUUUUUUAGGAAAUGGAGUGUUUUUUUUACGUCA